AUGGAGAGUACGCCCAGCUUCCUGAAGGACAGCCCAGCCUGGGAGGAGACAGCCCCUGAGAAUGGCAUCGUGGGACCAGAGCCGGAUACCCCACCACAAGAUGGCCUGAGCCCUGCAGCACUGUGCCUGGGAGAGCCUGCUCCUUUCUGGAGGGGUGUCCUGAGCACCCCAGGCUCCUGGCUCCCCCCUGGCUUCCCCCAGAGCCCAAAGGACACGCUCCCAUUGGUGGAGGGCAAAGGUCCCCGGAAUGGGGAGAGGAAGGCUAGCUGGUCAGGCAGCAAGGAGGCGCUGUGCUGGAAGGAGGCGAUGCUUACCCAUCCGCUGGCAUUCUGUGGGUCAGCGUGCCCACCUUGCUACGGCCCACUGAUUCCGGAGCAUAACGGUGGCCCUCCCAAGAGUGACCCUGUGACCUUCCGACCCUUGCACUGCCCCUUUCUUCUGGAGACCAAGAUCCUUGAGCAAGCUCCCUUCUGGGUGCCCAGCUGCCUGCCACCCUACCUAGUGUCCAGCCUGCCCCCAGAGCGUCCAUGUGACUGGCCCCUGACCCCACACCCCUGGGGGUACUCCGGAGUCCAGCCCAAAGUGCCCUCUGCCUUCAGCUUAGGCAGCAAGGGUUUUUACCGCAAGGAUCCAAGCAUUCUCAGGCUGGCAAAGGAGCCACUGGUAACUGUGGGACCUGGGCUGCUGGGCUCAGCCCCUGGUGGGCAUCUCCAGAGAACUGGAGAGUCAGGAGUCGGCAGGCAUCAGAACCUUUGCCCCCUUGUCCUGGGGCAUCCAGACCCUGUUCCCCCGACCCCGUGGCCCACUCGUUCCCCAGGCCUGGUUCAUGGCAAUGUCUGGGCUGUACCGGGAGGCGGGAGCCUUGGGUGCCAGCUGAGGCCAUCAGCCAUAUCAAGGUGCCCCUCUCCUGGGCCUCCUACCACCCAGGUGGACGGUAGCUCACCUCACCCACCAGCUAGAGAUGGCGGUCUUGGCCCCUGUGGGAAGUGCCGGAAGGACCUGGAGGGGGGCACCAGUGGGCCGAGUGAGUCCAGCGAGGAAGCAAACGAGGCCCCUGGUCCCAGGGCCUGCCCGCCCAGCCAUCACACCAAGCUGAAGAAGACAUGGCUCACACGACACUCUGAGCAGUUUGGGUGCCCAGGCAGCUGCUCUGGGGAGGAGGAAAGCCCAGCAGCCCAGCUGCGGGCCCUCAAGAGGGCGAGCAGCCCUGAGGUCCAGGGAGCAGGGGGCAGCCCAGCUGCCAAGCGCCCCUCCGGCCCUUUCCCGGGCAGUGUGGGGCAGGGGGCCAGAGGUUGGCAGGAGCCGCUGGACUCAUCAUUUGGGAACAAGGCAGAGGCUGAACAGCGUGAUGACCACGGAGGACCCCGAGACAUCAGGGCCAGCCUCCAGGACCCAGGGCUCCAGGAUACACGUGGCGUGGCUCCCCCGGCAGCCAUGACUCGGUGCCAAAGCUGUGCCCAGGCAGCUGGUGAGGCGGGAGGGCCGGCCUGCCACUCCCAGCCCGUUCCCAGAUUGCCUCUGGGAGGGGAGCAGCCACAGGAGGAAGACUCAGCAGCCAGCUCCGAGGGAGGAGGGUCUGGCCCGGAGGAGGCCGGGCUCAGCAUGGGCCUCGCCAAGCACCUGCUAAGUGCUCUGGGAGACCGACUGUGCCGCGUGCUGCGGAGGGAGCGGGAGGUCUUGGCCUGGGCCCAGCGGGAAGGCCAAGGGCCAGCCGGGACAGAGGACAACCCAGGCAUUCCACGUUGCUGUAGCCGCUGCCACCAUGGACUCUUCAACACCCACUGGCGAUGCCCCUGCUGCAGCCACCGGCUGUGUGUGGCCUGUGGUCGCAUGGCGGGCGCUUGGAGGACCAGGGAGAAAGAAGGCUCUCAGGAACAGUCCAUGGAGAAGUGUACCCAGGAGGCUGGGCACAGUGCCUGUUCCCUGAUGCUCACCCAGUUUGUCUCCAGCCAGGCUUUGGCAGAAUUGAGCACUGCAAUGCACCAGGUCUGGGUCAAGUUUGACAUCCGGGGGCACUGCCCCUGCCAAGCUGAUGCCCGGGUGUGGACCCCUGGGGAUGGGGGCCAGCAGAAGGAGCCGACGGAGAAAACUCCCCCAACUCCACAACCUUCCUGCAACAGGGAUACCAACAGGACCAAGGACAUUAAAGAGGAGACCCCAGACUCCAGAGAGACCCCGGCAGAGGACCGUGCUGGCCAAGGGCCCCUGCCUUGUCCCUCUCUCUGUGAACUACUGGCCUCCACUGCUGUCAAACUCUGCUUGGGGCACGAACGGAUACACAUGGCCUUCGCUCCUGUCACUCCGGCCCUGCCCAGCGACGACCGCAUCACCAACAUCCUGGACAGCAUCAUAGCGCAGGUAGUGGAACGGAAGAUUCAGGAGAGAGCCCUGGGGCCGGGGCUGCGGGCCAGGCCGGGCCUGCGCGAAGGCCUGGGCCUGCCCCUCUCACCGGUGCGGCCCCGGCUGCCUCCCCCUGGGGCUUUGCUGUGGCUGCAGGAGCCCAGGCCUCCGCGAGGCUUCCACCUCUUCCAGGAGCACUGGAGGCAGGGCCAGCCUGUGUUGGUGUCAGGGAUUCAGGGGACAUUGCAAGGCCACCUGUGGGGGACAGAAGCUCUAGGGGCGCUUGGAGGCCAGGUGCAGGAACUGACCCCCCUCAGACCUCCCCAGCCCGCAAGGCUGGGCAGCACAACGUUCUGGGAGGGCUUCUCCCGGCCUGAGAUUCGCCCAAAGUCAGAUGCGGGCUCGGUCUUCCUGCUGCACAGAGCUCUGGGGGACGAGGACACCAGCAGGGUAGAGAGCCUGGCUGCCAGCCUGCCACUCCCAGAGUACUGUGCCCGCCAUGGGAAACUCAACCUGGCCUCCUACCUCCCUUGGGGCUCUGUCCUGCGUCCACUGGAGCCCCAGCUGUGGGCGGCCUAUGGUGUGAGCCCACAGUGUGGGCAUCUGGGGACCAAGAACCUCUGUGUGGAGGUGACCGACCUGGUCAGUGUCCUGGUACGUGCUGAAGCCCCACUGCCUGCCUGGCACCGGACACAGAAAGAUUUCCUCUCAGCCCUGGAUGGGGAGGGGCUUUGGUCUCCGGGCAGCCAGGUCAGCACCGUGUGGCACGUGUUCCGGGCACAGGACGCCCAGCGCAUCCGCCGCUUUCUCCAGAUGGUGUGCCCUGCCGGGGCGGGAAACUUGGAGCCUGGCACCCCGGGCAGCUGCUACCUGGACGCAGGGCUGCGGCGGCGCCUGCGGGAAGAGUGGGGUGUGAGCUGCUGGACUCUGCUGCAGGCCCCUGGAGAGGCCGUGCUGGUGCCCGCGGGGGCUCCCCACCAGGUGCAGGGGCUGGUCAGCACAGUGAGUGUCACUCAGCACUUCCUGUCCCCCGAGACCUCUGCCCUCUCUGCUAAGCUCUGCCACCAGGGGCCCAGCCUGCCCCCUGACUGCCGCCUGCUUUAUGCCCAGAUGGACUGGGCUGUGUUCCAAGCAGUGAAGUUGGCUGUGGGAACAUUGCAAGAGGCUAAAUAG